AUGAAUGGCUCCUCUGAGGGUGAAAAGAGCGAGGAACCACCGGACUAUCUAGCUACUCAUUUGACACCUCUGGGAAUCGGCGAUACAACAUCGGGCAAUUGUCCACUAAGAAUCAAAGCCGGCGACCGCGAUACUUGCCCUUUUCAGCUGUUGAGAAAGAAGGAUCCUGCUACUUUCGACGGCCCGUAUCGUUCUGGUAUACCGCACCAUGAUCCGCUCAGAGAGGCAACGACCGGAUCUCAUGUAUAUAUUCCAAUGAACUUUGUUCACACCUCGAGAUUAUCGUCCCAGUUCUAUUCCAGUUGGGCCUCGCCAGAUUCUUCUUUGCUUCACUUUAGCGCUGCUUUAUCUUUCGGAGAGUCUCUUUUCGAUGGGGACUUUGGAGUGCCUUCUUCCGGGAAUGCCCUUUGGUACCGUGCUCCUGCCAAUAAUUGGGUCUUGGAAUCCUUGCCGAUUGGUAACGGCUACUUGGGAGCUUAUGGCAAGGAGGAUUACAAAGGAGCCAAUUGGGAUGCUGCUGAUGCACCACUGGUACAUGAAAGGCUCGCCCAAUUACGAACUACCAUAUUCCAAAAUGGAACGGCACCCG